AGCGAGCCAGAGAGGGAGGGCGAGGAGGAGGAGGUGCCCCGUCAGGAUCGUCGGUACUCUCCCUCUCAUCAUUAGACUACGGGACCGCCCGACAAGAUGAGGCGUUCGCCGAGGUUGGCGUCGGCAGCAGAGAGACAACGAACGCAUAAUAGCGAGGACCGUGAGGGGGCGAGGCCUAUGGACAUGCGGGACGUGGAAAGGACUCCAUCCGGCGCCGGUCUCCGCCCCCGCUCGCUGUCAGAGCUCCGUAACGACGACUUUGACGUCGGGGGAUCAGGUGGGGGCUUGGGGGAUUUGAGUGCCCCGAGACAGGGCGGUGCCUCGCCUUUGGAGCUCCGUACCGACGACUUCGAUGUGCGGGACCGUAUGGAGACCGCGGAGGAGCAGGAUGCCCGACUGGACAGAGAGGAGGAGGAGCGGCUGCAUACUUUGCCAGGAUGGGAGGGUCGGUUUGCGUAUCUGGAGGAGCAGCGUCGACUGAGGGAGUUGGAGACAUGGGGGGUGGCGGCGGUGACGCCGACGACGUGGGUGUCCGUGGGAAGGCUGUUCUGGGAGAGGUCCGAGAAGGUGUUGUCAGAGAGGAUAUCGACAUGGGUGGCGGGGGAGAGGGUGUCCCCCCGGGUGACGAGGGACAGGGUGUCGCCGUGGGUGGUGGGGGAGAGGGUCGACCAGGUGGAGAUGUCGACGGCGACCAUCGCGGCGAGCACAAGGACGGGUCCGACGACCGCGACGGCAGUGACGACCACGGUGGCGACGACGAUGAGGGAGAUGCUCGCUUUGGUCGUGAGGGACCCUACACUACCUCCCCUGCACCCCGACGACUUCGCGCACGUUGUGCUCGACGCCGACGGUUUGGUGCAUGUCGGUUUACAAGACCCUUUCCCCCAUACGGGCCGUAGGAGCGAUGAGCGGCGCCCCCCUGGAGGGACGUAUUCACCCCCGCCUUACCUCGUGCAGAGCCCUCGAUGGUCGGGUUCGUCGCUCAGCGACAUCAGAGGGAGGGAGUCCGGGGUGGUUGAGGGCGGGUCGGGUCGCCGCAGUGGCGGUGAAUCUGCCGAAUCGAUGCCCCCACCACCCGCACAGGCCGCGGAGGCGAGCGACGAGGAGACAGCGGCCCGUGCGCACAUUGGUGGUUCCCCGCCGCCUGUCCGAGGUGGUGUCGCUGGCGGAUGGGCAGCUCAUCGACGGGUCACGGACCGGUUGAGGGCGGAUUACGACGUCGGGAGGGGCGCCUUCGCAGGACGUUUGUCACCACAGAGGCAGGCUGCAGAGGGUGGCUCCGGACGUCCGAGCCUUCACAUGGCAGGCCGCAUGCUCGGUUUGUCACGAUCGGCGACGAGGAGAUCAUUGGUCCUCCCGGCCGCAAGGACACUUACGGACAUGCAGCAGGGACAACACUACACAUCGGGCGAGGAGGGGUUGAUGAUGCGUCGUGGGACGAGACGACACAGCGUCGUCACGGAGGUUGAGGCUCGACUCACAGCAGAGAUCGCCGCCGACCAGGCUGCAUUGGACGCGAUUCAGAGGCAGCGAGAGACGAUUGCUGCAGAGGAGGCCGAGGACGAGGACACUUCGACAGUCCUCUGGGAGAGGCCGCGCGCGUCCUCCUGCAGGGCGGGGCACAGGCCGCUUUUUCUUUUUGGUAGGACGCUCUGUUUAUAGGGUAGUUUCAUAGUUAUGUUGAUGUUGUUGCUCGAUGUGCAGCGCCAGGUCCACUGUGACGGAUGGUACAAUCACGUUACUUUUUUGUUAGCUACUAUGUGUUACGGUUCAGAUGACGGGUCCGGUUUUUGGCUUUGAACAUGUACAUACGCAUUUCCAGUGGAGUGUUUUUUCACUGUUUUGUACUUCUCCAUUUUCCUCUGCUACCCUCGCUUUUGCAUGGAUGAUAUGCUAAUGAAUGUGUUGUUUCGCG